GGCUUAAAUUUGGGCCAGCCGAUAUCAACUUCAGGAGAAUCGUCGUAGCACCAUCACGAAUGUCGCCGUCAAGAUGUUGUAUGAGCUCAUAGCAAUUGUCCGGCCCCAUAAUCUUAUGGAGGUCAAAGAAAUUGCACGCACAACCGGCUCCCUCAUCCUGAAGAACGGAGGCACGAUACGAGGCAUUAAGAACUGGGGAGUCUGGAGUUUGCCCAAGCGCACGCGAAAGCAUCAAGCGCAGUACAGUGAUGGUCACUACUUUAUUAUGAGAUACGACGCUUCAAGCAAGAUACAAGACGAUGUGAGGAAGACGCUGGGUUUGGAUCCGCGAAUGAUCAAAUUCAGUACGGUAAAGCUUGGUGAUGGAACAUUGGAAAAAUCGAGUAGGAUUGGAGGCUCGAUUCCCUGGGACACGAGAGAGGAGUUCUGAGCGGAACUGGAUGUACAACAGAGCAUUGCAUGGCGAAAUAGGGGCGCAGUGUAUGAUUAAAUGUGCAUCUGGAAUGGAUAUCACAAGCCAUCAACGGAUACAGGAAGGG